GCCGUCAAAUAAAUUGUCAUCUUUGCUUCGAGUUUCGGAAAAUAAUAAAUUCAAAUAAAAUGGAUAUUGUUUAUAAUAUCAUGGUUAAUUAUUGUGGGUACACUAGGAACUGUGUAUUUAGUGAUAAUGUUUUUAGAUAGACAUGUGUUUUACGUAGAAAUCUAGUGGAUAAAUAGUAUGUUUGAUUGCCGAGUGCGGUGAAAUAUAAAGAAAAGUUGUAUAGAUUACGCCUUUUUCGUGAAAAAUAUUCUUGGAGGACUCUAUAAAAACCAGAAACGUCACAAAAUGGAUUUAGAAGAAAAUAUUUUCUUUUGUAAUGGAGGUGGGGGUAAGGCUGGUAGGGGUGCUGCUGCGGCUACUGAACCUGCUCCUGGCGCCGCUGUUCUGGCUAAUGGGGAGAGACAACCGAAAAGUGCCGCCUCUCACGAACGAACUGUUGAUGAAGAGCGCCACAGAGCUGGCGGCGGCGGUGCGGUCGGGUGAUAUAACAAGCGAAGAGCUGGUCUCCAUGUACAUAAGCCGCGUGAAAGAAGUGAACCCUUACAUCAACGCGGUGGUGGAGGAGAGGUACAGGGCCGCGCUGGACGAAGCCAAGGCGGUGGACCGGCAGAUCUACGAGGCGAAGACUCAUGGGGUGUUUGAGGAGCUGGUGAAGAAUAAGCCUCUGCUUGGUGUGCCGUUUACGGUGAAGGAGAGCUGUCAGCUAGCAGGUUUCUCCAACUCCGUAGGAUGUCUAGAGAACGCAGGUCGUAAGGCGACAUCAGACGGCGCGGUGGUGGCGCUGGUGAAGAAGGCCGGUGGGAUCCCACUGCUGGUAUCCAACACGCCGGAGCUGUGCCUCGGCUGGGAGACCACCAACCUGCUGCGCGGACCCACCAAGAACCCGUACUGCUUGAGCAGGACACCUGGAGGCUCCUCGGGGGGCGAGGCGGCGCUGUUGGCGUGCGGUGCGUCACCAUUAAGCGUCUCGUCCGACAUCGCCGGCUCCAUCAGGCUGCCGGCGGCAUUCUGUGGCGUCUUUGGACACAAACCCACACCUGGUGUGAUACCAAUAGAGGGGCACAUACCGACCCUGAGCGACGAGCAGUUCCCCAAGUUCCUCACGGUGGGUCCGAUGACGCGCAAGGCCGAGGACCUGGAGCUGCUGAUGAAGAUCAUGGCGGCCGACAACAGGACCGCGCUCAGACUCGACGAGCCAGUCGAUAUCAAUAAAGUCAAGGUGCACUACAUGACGGAGGCCACGAAGUCGUUGGCGCUGAUCAGCGUGGAGCCCCGCGUGAGGGACAGCAUCCUCAACGCCGCCAAGUACCUGCAGCACUGCGGCGCCACGCUCAGCGAGGAAAAAUUUAAAGAUUUAGAAGAUUCGGUAGAAAUAUCAGUGUCGGUGUUCUUCUCGAUGAAAGACAUCCCGAACAUGUUACAGGACCCUGCUAAUCCUAAACGUGACAAGAGUCUAUUGUUGGAGCUGGUGAAGUUACUGUUCGGCGGAGGGUCCCGCUCCCUGCAGGGCCUGUCGUUCGCGCUCAUACAACGCACGCGGCUGUUCAUCCCGGCGGCGCGGACGCCACACUACCGCGGGAAGGCGCGGACGCUCCGGGAACAGCUGACGCGAACCCUCGGCGACGACGGCGUGCUGCUGUACCCGGUGUUCAACGGCCUCGCGCACCGACACAACCAGGUGUUCCUCAGGGCCUCCGGCGUCAUGUACACCAUGGCCUUCAACAUCCUCGGCGUCCCCGCCACCACUGUUCCCGUGGGACUCUGCGACGGGCUGCCCGUCGGGAUACAGGUGAUAGCAGCUCCGAACCAAGACAGGUUGUGUCUCGCCGUCGCCAAACAACUCGAGGCGGGCUUCGGCGGGUGGAGGCCGCCGCGCUAACUACGGACUAGCUACUGCACGCACUAGCUCAACUCUGGUGCUUAAAGCUACGGUUACAAACAGAUCAUUCUAUUAUUUUGGCCAUUGUUUUAUUUUCUCUUCCGUUUAUACAGUAGAAAAGUUCCAAUAAAUAAAAAACAAAUUUGAUUUUAAAAAAAAUAAUUACAGAAAAAUUUUCAAUUUUAAUGAACUCGAAUGCCAAAUUUUUUAUCACAUUUUCACAUAUUUUCACGAUAUUAUUAUUAUUUUUUUUUAUUAUCUAAAGUAUGUUUUUUUUUUGUUAAAUGACAAUAAGCCAAAUUAUGAAUAAUAAAUAACAAAAAUACCGGGAUUGCUAAGAACCACUGUUUUAUAGCCACAUAGCUUAGAGUUUUUUUACAAUACUCGGAGUCUACUUUAUAACAAUAUUGGUGAGAAUGACAUACCAGGCGUGGAGAACUUUUGGCAUAACCAAAUAAAAAUAAUGUUAAAUCUAUAAUUGAAUAAUACUUGUAGAAAUAUUAUUUUCAUAAUAUUUAAGUAUAUAUUAACGAAGUGCACAAACAUUUUAAAAGGAUUUUUAUAUAAGUACUUAAUUUUUUUGUGCAUGAUAAAUAUUGUCAAUCUAAAUGUCUCUGUAAAAUAAACGAAAACAGUUGGCCAUUCCUGGGAUACCAAUGAGCCCCUUAGAAUAUCCCAACAAACACAACUGACAGCCGUUUUUAAUAAACGAUCCCAAUGUCAAUCUUCAAUCUGUAUCCGAGGAUGAACCAAUCAAAAUAAUUCAUUUGUAAGCACGUUAAAAAAGCCAUGUUCUAAUUGGUAUAUUUUUGAAAUCGAUCGAAAAAAAGCGAUCGGGAUUGUUUAUUGAAAAUGGCAGUAAAUUGAUGUCAUUUAAUUUUGAUGUUCGUGAUUGGUCGAGCGCCCAAUGGGUAGGUCACGUGUUAGUCUAUCAACCAAUCACAGUAAAACGAUAUGCAAUCGUGUUGUGGUUUUUGCCAUAUUCCAAGUACACUGAUAAUUAUUUGAAUAACUCUGUUGUGAAUAGGUUUUUCAUUUCAUUUCAUUUUCAAUAUUCUUAUUCAAUUUAUCUCAAAUGGACCAAUCAGAACAGUUUUAUUUGACAUACUUACAAAUAAGUUAUUUUGAUUGGUUCACUAUCGGAAUCGGAUUGAAGAUUGAGAUUGGGAUCGUUUAUUGAAAACGGCUGUUAGUAGUACAUUGAACAUAUGGUUGAAAUGGGAAUUAUGGGAAUGAAUGGGUUUUUAUCUAAUUUCCGUUUCCUCAUCAACAUGUAAUGCGUGAAUUUACGUCAAAGUAAUUUAGAUUAAAAAUCGAUGCAACAUUUUAGUUAUUGAAUUGAGUACUAAAUACUUUAACUGGAAAUAUUUUAUAACGGGUUGUUUGUUUAUUUCAUUUGUUAUAGUAAUAUAUGAUUAAAUAAAAUGUAUUUAUAUUUUGUAAGACAUUUUGGUGUGUUUAUAAGUGAGUGAAAUAUAAAAUUAUAUUUCUCAAAUUAUCUUUGUAUGUUUUGGAUGUUAUUUUAUUUCGUUUUAUCGUUUUACGUAAAAUGUUACGUAGAAAAAAUCUGUUCAUCUUUAUGGAACUAAGUUAGGAUAUGUUGACCAAUAACGUUAGUGGGGUAAUAUUGGUGGGGCGGGAGGGGGGAUCCAGGGGAGUGAGCCUUAAGACGGCGCCACCGGCCUCGGGGCAGUGCCACGAACAUACACGUGGAAGCUAAAAAAAUAUGGGUUACGGAAUUUACUUUCCUGCCGGGACGCCUGGACUACUUCUUGCCCGUUUCCUGAGAACGACCAACACAUGAGGCCCACUCCGGGCGACAGAAACACCACACCACUAAAUAAGAGUGUGCUAAAACAUUUCAUAUCUGUUUUGUGCAUUUGUCUUGGCAGAACUCUUUGUACUGUGAAUAUGAUUCACACGAAAAAUGUCUCCUUGUUAUUUUAUUUUACUAAUAUCUAAAAGACCAAAGAGUACUACACAGGAUUCCACUGCGCAUGCGCUCGUCAACGACACAAAUGUUUCAUAACGCCGGCACUAGCUGCACUAUUCUUUAAACAAUGCAUACUGGUGCUCGGCGGCAAAAAUAGACACUGCUGUGGUAACCUACCUUCUAGUAAAACUAAAAACAUUGUUAUUUCGAUCCUAAAUUAAUGUGAUGGCGUUGGUAUUAAAUGUAAUCAAAUUACAUUAUUUAUGUAAGUUUUUAUGACUUUACAAUUGUCGUAUUGUAAAAUAUCUUAAAUAUUCAGUUACGUAAAAAAAUGGAAAAAAUGGCUGUCUGUUUUUUUUUCAAUAGAAAUUCAAAAAAACGAAUGCAACGACAAUUGUACAGUCAUAACAAUAAAAUUUUAAGUAUUAGAUAUAAUAAUAAAACUUUAAUUACAAGCCGUAAGCCCAUGACGACCUAGAAAGUAAUACUUUAAAUAAAAACACAGUUAUCUUGUCUCACUGAUUGUUUUAAUAACGUAUUCGUCAAUACAUUAGCCAAAAUGACCUUAAUAGUUUUGAUUACAAGGUUCAAAAUUCGUACAUGGUAAAUAUAAAAUUGUAUAUAAAGUAAAUCAUACAAAUAGGUCGGUCGUAUCGCGGCAUUACAUUAUUCCAAAGGACGUGAAAUGUGUAGAUUUUAUUAUAUGUUGUUUCUGUGCAAUAUAUUUUUUGUUAUAAGUUUAUAUUAAUAAGGGUGCUUUUUGUAAAACUUGUAGUUUGAAACUCACUUUUGUAUGAGAUGUAAAUUAUGUGUUACUUUUGAUCAAUACUAAAGUUAAGUGAGUAGAUGUAAAAAUAAUUUUAAGGGAUGCUACAGAAUUUCAUUUUCCAAUAAAGAAAUAUAAAUUGAAUCAAA